CAUAAAAUAAUCAUGUUGUAUAUGAUGAUGAGAAUUAAUUUUAAAACAUUUGUAUUAUUAGUAAUUGUUGGGAUUUUAAGUUCCGUAUUUACAUCAUGGAAUAAUUGCAGUAGCUCAUUUUUUAUUAGGAAUAGAGAUUGGGAAUCUCAGUUCCGGCAUAAAGAACAUUUGAACAAUGACCCCGAUUAUCAAGAAAUUGAUUGUUUAAUCAAUGGAAGAAAAAUAAUUACUUGUCGUAAAGAAGGAAAUGAAGUUUUUAUUCCAUUCUCUUUUAUACAUAAAUAUUUUGAGAUAUAUGGAAAAAUAGUGAUAAAUGAUGGACUGGAACGUUUUGAUUGGUAUCACAGUUAUUCUAAAAUUACAGAUAGAAAAGUAAAAUAUGAUUCUAGAGGAGUAUUUAUGACUUUUGAAAAUUAUAAUGUUGAAGUGAGAGAAAGAGUAAAAUGCAUAAGUGGUGUGGAUGGCAUACCAAUAUCAACACAAUGGGAAAGUCAAGGUUAUUAUUAUCCAACCCAAAUUGCUCAGUUUGGUUUAUCUCAUUACAGUAAAAAUUUAACAGAACCAGAAUCUGUCACAAAAAUUAUUGAAGAUGCAGAUAAAGUAAAACAAGACUGGACUGUACCACAAGGUUGUAUAAUGAGUCGAAUUUAUGACGAGCAAGUAAAUAGUUAUGUAAUGAAAUAUGCAACUCCAGAAAGUAGUUCUUCUGGAAUUUCUAUAAAAAUAGAUCAUGUAUCAAAAUUAAUGCUAAAGCUAGAUCUAUGUAUUCGAAACAAUGGUAGCAUUACUAUCGAAUUAGAAAUAAGAGAAAAAAAAGAUAUAUAUUAUCUGCAUUAUGUUACUAAUAAUCUAGUAUUACAUGCAUACAAUAAUCACAUCUACUAUGGGAUAGGACAAGCUUAUAAUCAUUGGAAACGCUUAACUAGGGAUUUACUAAUUGACUUACAAAAAGGCCUUAACCUCAUUAAUAAAGCAAAAAAAAAAUUAUCGAAAUCUAAAUUAAAAGUUGUUAGAGUUAUUUUAAAUGGUUUAGGAAUGAUUGAUAAUAUAACAUUAGCAACAAGUGAACAUAUGGAACAAUUUUAUGAUGCAGCUCGCUGGUUCGUUGCUAAUCAAAAUAUUACUUCUGGUGGAUGGUCUAAUCCUGUUAAAAGAAAAGUUGCUAAUGGAAUGGCUAUUCUUGAACCUGGAUGGUAUUCUAGUAUGGGUCAGGGACAUGCAAUUUCUGUAUUAUCUCGUGCUUAUUAUCAUUCAGGUGAUGAAAAGUAUUUACAAACCGCCGUCAGAGCUUUACGACCAUUUAGAAUAUUAUCAAAUAAUGGUGGUAUAUUAACAUAUUUCUUAGAUAAAUAUGUGUGGUACGAAGAAUAUCCUACAACACCUUCAUCGUUUAUUCUUAAUGGUUUCAUAUAUUCACUUAUUGGUCUGUAUGACCUAAAAAGUAUAGCAUCAGGUAAGGAUGCAGAAGAAGCUAAAAAAUUAUUUGACCAAGGUAUGAAUUCUUUAAAAAAUAUGUUAACACUAUUUGAUACUGGAUCAGGAACAACUUAUGAUCUUCGUCAUUUUACAUUGAAAAUAGCCCCAAAUUUAGCUCGUUGGGAUUAUCACUCAACACAUGUUAAUCAACUUCUUCUACUGAACACUAUUGAUAAUGACCCAAUUUUUGGUACAACUUCUGAGCGAUGGAUUGAUUAUAUGAGUGGCAAAAAGGCUUCUCAUAAUUAAAUCUGUAGUACUAGAUAAUGAUUUUUAAUUUUAAAGAA